AUGGCCAGGCAGCGGUCCGGCGACUCUAUCCUUCCAUUCUUCAAAAAGCAAUCAGGACAGCUUGACGGGACAGCGGAUCAGAGACCGCGAAGAAGCCGCAGCUUCAGCUUCGUCCCGAACUGGGUCCGCAAUGAGUUCAUCGCCUUUGCAGGAGAGUUCGGCGGGACGUUCAUGUUCCUCUUCCUUGCCUUCUCUGGAACAUCCAUCGCCAACGCAGCUGUACCCACAACGGAUGGACCGAACACCGCGAACUUGCUCUACAUCUCGCUGUCAUUUGCGUUCUCUCUCAUGAUCAACGUGUGGGCGUUCUUCAGAAUCAGCGGAGGCCUGUUCAACCCCGCUGUUUCCCUCGGCCUCUUCCUUGUUGGCGCCGUCAAGCCCGUCCGCACCAUCGUCACCGCAUCCGCCCAGAUCAUCGCCGCCAUCGCCGCUGCAGGCGUCGUAGAAGGCCUAUUCCCCACCGGCCUCAACGCGUCCACCAGCCUUAGCAAUGGCACCUCCAUCGCUCAAGGCCUCUUCAUCGAGAUGUUCUUAACAGCUGAGCUGGUCUUCGUCAUCUUCAUGCUCGCCGCAGAAAAGCACAAGGCGACCUUCCUCGCACCCAUCGGCGUCGGGCUGGCUCUCUUCGCGGCCGAGCUGGCAGGCGUCUACUUCACCGGCGGCUCGCUUAAUCCCGCGCGCUCAUUUGGGCCAGCCGUCAUCAAAGGAUUCGUUGGCCACCACUGGAUCUACUGGCUCGGGCCGGUGCUGGGCACCUUCCUCGCCUUCGGCUUCUACAAGCUGAUGAAGUACUCCGAGUACGAGACGGCGAAUCCGGGCCAGGACCUCGACGAUCAUGAGGCUAGCAUGUUCAACCCGCCAGAUGAUCCGGUCUCGGCGGAUGAGGUCCAACGGCCCAAUGUUGCGGCGGAGACGGCGGAGAGUAUCGUCCAACAGGUGACCUCGAUAAGUUCGGGGUCGGGCCCGCCAAUGGAGCAGAUCGGUAGCCAUGGUACCGGUGUCUCGCCUAUGGGCCGCGUUGAGAGGAUCGGGUCGUGA